AUGGCGGUGCAGGCGCGAGGAGCACGGAGGUAUCAUCUCAGCACAGGAGCCGAGACCCUGCGGGAAAAGCAAGAGAAGACAAGCUUGUGUGAAUCCCCUGAGUGGUCCCACCCUGGAGCUUGCUUGCAAUUUUGGAUUCCUCCUUGUUUUCCCCCAGAUCGGGUCUCCGGAUUCAUCGAGGUGGAACAAAAGUUUCUUUUCGGGCCCAGCACCCUCGAGAAGUUAGCGAAGCUGGGGGCGAUCCAAGAAGGCAGCGUGUGUUUUCGUGACAGCUAUUACGACGUACCCGACUGGUGCCUCACUCGAGCGGAUCACUGGCUGCGGGAACGCGAGGGGGCUGGCUGGGAGCUAAAAUGUCCCCCCCGGUUAGCAGCCGGGGUUACGGGAAGCAAGGGGACCCCGUGCACGGCAGGGACGGAUAACCACCCCUCGCCACCGCCUUUGCAGCCCCCGAAGGUCUCGAGCCGGGCCCAGGCUGCCACGCAAUACCAAGAAGUGACAUGUCCCCAAAAUAUCGUGACCCGCAUCUGUGCGUUAUUGGACAAAGACCCAGGACAGAGUUGGAGGGGCUGUGUGUCCAAAGCGGUAGAAGAACUCAACUUGCAAAUCUUUGCCAGCUUUGUGACCACGCGGCACAAAUACCGUGUGGGUGAUCUGCACGUGGAUCUCGACGAGGCGGAUUUUGGCUACGCCGUGGGUGAGGUGGAAGCCGUGGUCCAGCGGUUAGAAGAGGUCCCCGAAGCUCUGGAGAAGAUACAGAGUUUUGGUAGACAGCUCGGCUUGGAAGAGAAGGCAGCCGUUCCUGGCAAGAUGUCUGUGUAUCUGCACCAAUUCAGACCUGCCCAUUACAAGGCUUUGACGGAGGCCGGAGUCGUGCAGAAAGUGUGAAAUGCAACCCACGGACCGGGCGGAAAUGCCUGACGGGAGCAGGAACCGGGAAGGGGUGAGAGAGGUCCACCUCCAAACUACUGGGCCCCUGUGCCAGAAUGAUCUUUAAAUUAAAAGAGUGAUUAAAAUAAAGUCCCUUUCUCUCUUUGCGCCCC